GUUGCCGCGGCUGCUGCUCUGGUUAUUCCCCCGGCCCCUCCUCCCGGUCCUGCUGCCCAACCUGGAGACACCACGGGCUCCCCGGGCAGCAGCCACGUCACCCCGGCCUCUCAGCCUCGAGGGACGCCGCUGGGCCCCCAGGACGGUGACAGUGGACACGAGCGGGGGCUCUGGGCAGGGGCGCUGCCGGGGGAGCCCAUGGGCUCGGGGACACCCCGGCCUUCCAGCCCCGGGCCGCACCCCCGUGGUGCAUCCGCGGGCGGGACUCUUGCCCUCCCCGCCCACGCCCGCGUCUCUGGAGGGGCCAGGGAAGCAAGCGCCCACCCGGCCGCCCCGGGAGCCUCCGGCAGCAAGAUCAAGGCCCUGCCCGGCCGGCAGCUCCGGUUCGUCGGCACCGUCCCCAGAUCGGCCCCCGACAGCCGUUUGGAGCCACCAACACACCCCUUGUACGGCUGCGAUCAGUCCCGCCCUGUUCCACAGUCGGUGGCAUCUGAGGCGUCCUGGCUGUCACCCUGCACCCGGAAACGCGUCGCCUCCCGCCCACGAAGGAUGACGGGUGACUUCCUCCCACCCCUGCACCUGCCGGGCGCUGCCCUCCUCCUGUCGUCCCCCCCUUCAUUCUGCACCUUCUCCGGACAUGCCGAGGACCCAGGCCCUCCUGCUCGCGGCCCCGUCCCUCGGGGACAGCCCGGCCUCGGCCGCCUCUGCCUCUGGAGGUCCAGCGAGUCCCGGAGCUGCCUGCAGCCUCCACCCACCGCCUUCGCCUUCUGCCAAACCAGCUCGGCCGCCUUCCUCGAGCCGCAUCCACAGACUCGACAGACCCACUGAGCACCCCCACCGGAGACGGGCCCCCACGUGCCAGCAUCGCGGGAGAAGAGGCUCGGGGCCGGACCAGAGUGGGCCCUGGCACAUCUGCCUGGAGCAGGUGCACAGGGUGAGGCAGGGGAGCCACGCGGGGCAGGCCCCAGGCGCGGACACUGACGCCCCGCAAGCCCCAGGACCUGUCACCCUCCCGCAGCCCUGUCCCAGGGUUCAGGGGACACAAGCCAAGGAGGCUGCGGGGUCCCCCUGGGUUCGGGCUGGGACCACAACAGGACCGUCCACACACAUCAGUCUCCCUGGCGGCCUCACAGACACAUUCAAGACUGUGGGAGGGUCUGGGAAACGGUUCGGAUCGAGAGACAGGACAUCUGUCCUAUGAGAGCCAAUGGCCUUAGUUGGCCCGGACGCCAACUCUCUAGACGAUCCGUUUAUCCAAAACGUCACAGGCGCCUGGGGGGGUGGGGGGGCUCAGUCAGCUGAGGGUGUCAUUUGGGCUCAGGUCAUGACCUCAGGGUCAUGGGAUCAAGUCCCCAGUCGGCUCCGGGGAGGCUGCUUCGCCCUCCGUCCCUCCCCCUCCUGUGCUCUCUCUCCCUCCUCCCAAAUAAAUAAACAAAUAAAUACAUAAAGAACAAAACAAAACAAAAACAACUUCAGACCAGUAUUUAAACCCAGGCAGUUGGCUGCAGCCCUUCGCCAGCAGGGGCAGGAGCCGGGGCUGAAAAUUCUGGCCAGGAUCGAGGGCACGUUCAAAAGAAAAGACAGUGGGUCAGGCUGGACCAAUGCAUAUGGGCAAAAAUGGCUGCCAUAAGGCAGCAAGAAAGAAAGUUCUGGGACGUUGUGUCAUUCACCAAAUAGAUCUCUUGGGUUCCUGCGGCUCCGGGCAAACGGGCUUUGGUGGAUGGACCUAAUCCUGACGAUGCAGCAGACAGUAGGGUCCCCAUGGUUCCACCGCUGCCAGCUGUGUGAGCUCGGGCUGGUCACGCUCCCUCUCUGGGACUCAGUUUCCCCCUCGCAGGUGGUAGUAAGGAUUCAGGGACGUCACACAGCCA